UGUGAUAUAGAACUUGAAGAUUUCAUGAAUAGCUUUAUCACUAAAUAUGUGCCAAGAAAAAAAACUUAUAUUUUUAAAAAGAAUGUUAGAAUACAAGAUGAUGAAAGUAAAACUAUUUCAAGCUGCAGUUCUAGUAAUGAUGAUUUCAUUGCAGUUGAAGAUCUAAUAGUUUUUGCAAAAAAAGAGACUCCAAGAAAAAGUGAUUGA